AUGGGGGGACAUUCUCAAUCAUCCUCAUGCCCCGCGAUGAGCACUGUCGCCCAAGAAUCCCACUACUUGUCUCCUGAGAUCUUGUACUCCACGGCAGAAAUACUCUUCCCUGUGACUAGUGUGAUCAGUUUAUCUCUUCUGGGUCUCAUCCUCGUCUAUCGGUCCAUCAAGCAGUGUCGGAGGACGAGACACGCUCUUGUUUGCAAAGCCAAGCAACAACACCAAGAGAGGAACCCCUGGUGUGACUCUGUCAGAAUGGAGAAGGGCGAGAUCGCCUCAGUGGGCUCGCGACCUCUGACUGCAUGCGAUAUCCUGCGACCGCUUUCACAGACUAGCUGUUUACCGAGCAGUGGGGUUCUCGCUGCGAAGGCUCGAGAGGAGCAAAGUCGACGCUUAGCUUCUGGCGAAAGUGUUCCAGCCUCUUGCGUUGGUGAAAGCGACUCGGUACAGAAGUGCAAUGCAAUAACUGGGCAAAUGCAUGAGGAGGGUGUUGAUGGAGUGCGGACUUGGAAGCGGGUCGUUGUGGAGUAUAGGUAG